AACCUAUUAUUAUUUCCCUGCUGGCUUCGUACCAAUUCAUCUCCAGACAUUGAAACCGUUUGAACAAACCUCCCUGGGACGAUUGUGUACUACUUGACUAACAGCAUCUGACUUGCUGGCACUUCGGCUCCGACUAGGCCAUCCUACACUCAAAACAGUUUGUUGACCUGAGCGAGGUGACCUCACGCCAGUUUUAACUUCCCUCCUUGGGCCUGCGAGGCAUCCCCCGAAUUUCUCCUCGACCGUUCUUCCGGAAUCGUCUUCCCCUCCACUCUCUCUGUUUGCAGCUCAUUCCAUUUCCUUUCGAUAGUCGAUCAUGGCCACUCUCAAUCUUUCGACUAAUGGUCAUUCGAUAUCCAAAAGCUACCAAUCCGUCGUCAACGCCCCCGCACCCUCAGGCCCCGCUGCGGAAUCAGGGACAUACGGACAAUGGGCAGUUUUCACAGUUUCUGCGCCCCUUGUCAAUGCAUUUCAAGACACCUCUACGAAGGAAAGUGUGUUGAAGGUCCAGUCUACUGGCGAAGGAGAGUUGAUAGACCUGAUCGAAGAGUUCUCUGAAGGCAGAAUUCAGUUUGCUUAUGUGAAAGUAAAGGACCCAAAUACCGGUCUCCCGAAAAAUGUUCUUAUCGCGUGGUGUGGAGAAGGAGUGCCGGAACGGACGAAGGGCUACUUUACAAGCCAUCUCGCAGCCGUUUCCAAACUUUUGCAUGGCUAUCAUGUCCAAAUAACUGCUCGCUCGGAUCGCGAUCUCACCCCUGAAAGCAUCGUUCGGAAAGUUUCUGAUUCGUCCGGUGCGAAAUACUCAGCUGCUACGGCCGCCCCACCCGUUGCUGCUGGGCCAAAGCCCCCGGUGGCUUCAAAACCGGCAUUCACUCCUACCCGUGUGGGCGGCUCUUUCAGACCCCUAGCCGGAACCCAUAGGGCCGCAGGCGCAAAGAAUGAACCCGUGGAUGAAGAUGGUUGGGGAGCCGAUGCCCCUCAAGUGACCAGGACCCAACUCGAAAAGGUGCAGCCUGCGUACCAGCCGACAAAGGUCAAUAUUAAAGAGCUUAUGUCCCAAAAGUCAUCGACGACAUCAUCCUAUGGCCAAGAGUCGUCUAAUAAAUCCUCUCCCAGCAACGUCGUCAAGGGAGGCUAUCAGCCUAUUGGAAAAGUGGAUAUUGCUGAAAUCAGAAGACAAGCACGAGAGGCUGGGGAGAUAAGGGAUGACCGGCCGGAACCGGUAAAGGGGUCUUACCAACCUGUUGGCAAGAUUGAUAUUGCGGCCAUUCGCGCCAAAGCGCGGGGCGGUGAACCUCACAGUUCAUCCUCAGGCGCAAUGUCUCCAGCACGAACGGGAGAUUCCGUUGGUAAUGAUGAACCAAAGUCACUCGCGGACCGUUCUGCUGCUUUCACUCCCUCCGAACGGCUUACAACCCUUCCAAAACCAAAAGUGGCAAAGAAAUUUGGUGGAGCUUCAACGUUCACCGGCACCAAAGCCCCUCUUCCAGGAGGAUUGGAUACGCCGGCCGCCCCUGCCGCUCCAGUUGUGGGAAGCGCAAGCCGGACCUUUGCUGACGUGGGCGGUAAAACUCCGUCCCAGCUGUGGGCUGAGAAGAAAGCGAAGCAAGGGGUGGUCUCUCCCACCCCGGCCGUAAUCACAAGUCCUCCACCCAUCCAAAGCCAAACCAGUGGAGAAAGUGGCUGGAAGAGCUCAUAUACUGGCAAAACUUGGGCCCCAGUUCAAACUACUCAUACCGGAAGAUCAUCUGGAGCCGCCGUUUCUGAACAAAGAACUGGGGGAUCUGAGCCAACGGCCGAAGCCCCGGAAACUGGAACGGUUGGUUCAAUCCGGGAUAAGUUCGCAAACACCCAGCCUAUGGGGGCCCCAACGUCAACUUACGAAAGAGCCGCUCCAUCUCCACCACCACUGGCGACUGAGACAAAGCCAGUUCCACCGCGUGCAGUUCCUCUCCCUGGCCUUCCAACCGAUACCCGUGAAAAUCUCGAAGAUAUUCACCAGGAUGUCCCGCCCCCCCCUCAGCAACCACGCUCUCCCUCUCCUGAAACAGCGGCCGAUGUUGAGCCCAGCUCCCCGAUUCGCGUGGCCAUGCCAGUAGCUCGUGGGUCAGCAGAUGAACAUGUCGCCGAUGCCCACGAAGAGCAAUAUUCUCCUCCUGCCCCCCUUCCGACUAGAUCUAUUGUUGAACAUGCUCCAAGCGAAGAGCAAUUAGAAGCUCAACCUUCUCAUGACCCCGCCAGGGCUGUUGCAGAAGCUACAGCUCCCAGCCAUGCUAUGACUGACCAGGGUAUCCGUGCUCUUGUCCAAUAUGAUUAUGAAAGGGCGGAAGAUAACGAGAUUGAACUCCGAGAAGGAGAGUAUGUUACUAAUAUUGAUAUGGUUGACGAGGAUUGGUGGCUCGGUGUGAAUGCCCGAGGAGAACACGGCCUCUUCCCCAGAAGCUACGUUGAAGUGGUCCAGGAAGGCGAUCCUCUGUAUCAACCGGCAUCAAGCAGUACCCAGAUCCCCCCUGCCCAGCCUGCGCCUGCUCAGCACACCGCGGCGCAGCCCGCUGAAAGCCAUGGGCGUACUGCAACUGCAUUGUACGACUAUGAAGCCGCCGAGGACAAUGAGAUAGCAUUUCCCGAAGGUGCUAGAAUCACCAACAUUGAAUUCCCCGAUGAAGAUUGGUGGGUGGGCGUUUUCGGUGGUCAACGGGGCCUCUUUCCAGCCAACUAUGUCCAACUCGACCAGUAGCCACACUGAAGUCUCUAGCCGAACAUGUCACCCGCGCCGUGAGUUCAUUUCCCAUUCCAAUUCGCAGCUUGGUUACUUUGGCUUCAGUAGCAGUGAAACAAAGCGGUCAUCAAAAUCCCAUUUCCACCCAAAAUGUAUGUUAGCACGCAUUCGCUUUUGGAAGCUUGGUUCUCUCGAGAUUGUUGCUGCGAGGCGGAUGGUAGUGAGUUGUCAUUUCCAGUUCAAUAUACAACUUUUGGAGACUUUGGUUUUUCCUUGUACGGAAAUGUUGAAACUAUUAAAGAUUACACAUAGAACGUGAGGAUGGUAGGACCUGUGAAAUUGACGCCAAAAAUGAUGCUGUUAGUGAAAUGAGGACUGUAACUUCUUCCA